AUGGACUUCGCGGCGCAGCCCAAGCCCGCCGCUGCCCUCUGCGGCGGGGUGGGGGGUGCCGCCGACGGGAAGAUCGCUUACCCUCCGGGGGUCAAGGAGAUCACCGACAAGAUCACCACGGACGAGAUGAUCAAGCGCCUGAAGAUGGUAGUAAAAACUUUUAUGGAUAUGGAUCAGGACUCAGAAGAUGAGAAACAGCAGUAUCUCCCACUAGCCUUGCAUCUUGCAUCUGAAUUUUUCCUCAGGAAUCCCAAUAAAGAUGUGCGUCUCCUUGUAGCAUGUUGUUUGGCUGAUAUCUUUCGAAUCUAUGCCCCAGAAGCUCCAUAUACUUCCCAUGAUAAACUUAAGGACAUAUUUUUGUUUAUUACCAGACAAUUAAAAGGUUUGGAAGAUACAAAGAGUCCGCAGUUUAAUAGAUACUUUUAUUUAUUAGAGAAUUUAGCUUGGGUUAAAUCAUAUAACAUCUGCUUUGAAUUGGAAGAUUGCAAUGAGAUUUUUAUUCAGCUUUUUAGGACUCUCUUCUCAGUGAUCAACAAUAGCCACAAUAAGAAGGUACAAAUGCACAUGCUAGAUUUGAUGAGUUCUAUCAUCAUGGAAGGUGAUGGAGUUACUCAAGAGUUAUUGGACUCCAUUCUUAUUAACCUCAUUCCUGCACAUAAGAACUUAAAUAAACAGUCCUUUGACCUUGCAAAAGGCCUAUUGAAAAGAACAGUCCAGACUAUUGAGGCCUGCAUUGCCAAUUUUUUCAAUCAAGUCCUGGUGCUUGGAAAAUCAUCAGUAAGUGAUUUGUCAGAACAUAUAUUUGAUCUGAUUCAGGAGCUUUUUGCUAUAGAUCCUCACUUAUUAUUAUCUGUCAUGCCGCAGCUUGAAUUCAAACUGAAGAGCAAUGAUGGAGAAGAGCGAUUAGCUGUUGUUCGACUUUUAGCUAAAUUGUUUGGUUCUAAAGAUUCUGAUCUGGCAACACAGAAUCGUCCUCUUUGGCAGUGUUUUCUUGGACGAUUUAAUGACAUUCAUGUUCCUGUGAGAUUAGAAAGUGUGAAAUUUGCCAGUCACUGUUUAAUGAAUCACCCAGAUUUAGCAAAGGAUCUCACAGAAUAUUUGAAAGUUAGAUCACAUGACCCAGAAGAAGCUAUUCGCCAUGAUGUCAUUGUUACCAUAAUAACAGCUGCCAAAAGAGACCUUGCCUUAGUAAAUGAUCAGCUACUUGGCUUUGUAAGGGAAAGAACACUGGAUAAACGGUGGCGAGUAAGAAAAGAAGCUAUGAUGGGUUUGGCUCAGCUUUAUAAGAAAUACUGUCUUCAUGGUGAAGCAGGAAAGGAAGCUGCAGAGAAAGUCAGCUGGAUAAAAGACAAACUUCUGCAUAUUUAUUAUCAGAAUAGCAUUGAUGACAAGCUGUUGGUAGAAAAAAUCUUUGCUCAGUAUCUUGUCCCCCACAAUCUGGAAACAGAAGAGAGAAUGAAAUGCUUAUAUUAUUUAUAUGCUAGUUUGGAUCCAAAUGCUGUCAAAGCUCUAAAUGAAAUGUGGAAAUGUCAGAACAUGCUUAGAAGUCAUGUACGAGAACUCUUGGAUUUGCACAAGCAGCCUACAUCAGAGACAAACUGUUCUGCCAUGUUUGGAAAACUGAUGACCAUAGCAAAGAAUUUGCCUGACCCUGGGAAAGCACAAGAUUUUGUGAAGAAAUUUAACCAGGUUCUCGGUGAUGAUGAGAAACUGCGGUCUCAGUUGGAGUUAUUAAUCAGCCCAACCUGUUCAUGUAAACAGGCAGAUGUUUGUGUGAGAGAAAUAGCUCGGAAACUUGCAAAUCCUAAACAGCCAACAAAUCCUUUUUUAGAGAUGGUUAAAUUUCUAUUGGAAAGAAUUGCACCUGUGCAUAUUGAUUCUGAAGCCAUAAGUGCACUGGUAAAACUGAUGAACAAAUCAAUAGAGGGGACAGCAGAUGAUGAAGAGGAGGGUGUAAGUCCAGAUACAGCUAUUCGUUCAGGACUUGAACUUCUUAAGGUUCUGUCUUUCACACAUCCUACCUCGUUCCACUCUGCAGAGACAUAUGAGUCCCUGUUACAGUGCCUCCGAAUGGAAGAUGACAAAGUAGCUGAAGCUGCUAUACAAAUAUUUAGAAAUACAGGCCACAAAAUAGAAACAGACCUACCCCAGAUACGCUCGACUUUAAUUCCUAUUUUACAUCAGAAAGCAAAGAGAGGUACUCCACACCAAGCAAAACAGGCUGUUCACUGUAUACACGCCAUAUUCACAAAUAAAGAAGUCCAGCUUGCACAGAUUUUUGAGCCACUCAGUAGGAGUCUGAAUGCUGAUGUACCAGAACAACUUAUAACUCCAUUAGUUUCAUUGGGCCACAUUUCUAUGUUAGCACCAGAUCAAUUUGCUUCCCCAAUGAAAUCUGUAGUAGCAAAUUUUAUUGUGAAAGAUCUGCUAAUGAAUGACAGGUCAACAGGUGAGAAGAAUGGAAAAUUAUGGUCUCCAGAUGAAGAGGUUUCCCCAGAAGUGCUAGCAAAGGUACAGGCAAUUAAACUUCUGGUAAGGUGGCUGUUGGGGAUGAAAAACAACCAGUCUAAAUCUGCCAAUUCAACUCUUCGGUUAUUAUCAGCGAUGUUGGUUAGUGAGGGUGACCUGACAGAGCAGAAGAGGAUCAGUAAAUCUGAUAUGUCUCGCUUGCGAUUAGCUGCUGGUAGUGCCAUAAUGAAGCUUGCUCAGGAACCUUGUUACCAUGAAAUUAUAACCCCAGAACAGUUUCAGCUCUGUGCACUUGUUAUUAAUGAUGAGUGCUACCAAGUAAGACAGAUAUUUGCUCAGAAAUUGCAUAAGGCCCUUGUGAAGUUGCUUCUUCCAUUGGAGUAUAUGGCAAUCUUUGCCUUGUGUGCCAAAGAUCCUGUGAAGGAGAGAAGAGCACAUGCACGACAGUGUUUACUGAAAAAUAUCAGUAUACGCAGGGAGUACAUUAAACAGAACCCUAUGGCUACUGAGAAAUUAUUAUCACUGUUGCCUGAAUAUGUAGUUCCAUACAUGAUUCACCUGCUAGCCCACGAUCCAGAUUUUACAAGGUCACAAGAUGUUGAUCAGCUUCGUGAUAUUAAAGAGUGCCUAUGGUUCAUGCUUGAAGUUUUAAUGACAAAGAAUGAAAACAAUAGCCAUGCCUUUAUGAAGAAGAUGGCAGAGAACAUCAAGUUAACAAAAGAUGCCCAGUCUCCAGAUGAAUCCAAGACAAAUGAAAAACUUUAUACAGUAUGUGAUGUGGCUCUGUGUGUUAUAAAUAGUAAAAGUGCUUUGUGCAAUGCAGACUCACCAAAGGAUCCAGUACUUCCAAUGAAAUUUUUUACACAACCUGAAAAGGAUUUCUGUAAUGACAAGAGUUAUAUUUCAGAAGAGACGCGAGUACUUCUGUUAACAGGAAAGCCAAAACCUGCUGGAGUGCUAGGUGCAGUAAACAAGCCGUUAUCAGCAGCAGGAAGGAAGCCGUGUGUUAGGAGCACUGGAGCUGAGACUGGAAGCAACAUCAAUGUAAACUCAGAGCUAAGCCCUCCAACAGGAAAUCGGUCAAGGGAGCAGAACUCAGAGGCAGCAGAAACUGGAGUUAGUGAAAAUGAAGAGAACCCUGUGAGAAUUAUUUCUGUCAUACCUGCAAAAAAUAUUGAUCCAGUAAAGAAUAAGGAGAUUAAUUCUGAUCAGGCUACCCAGGGCAACAUCAGCAGUGACCGAGGAAAGAAAAGAACAGUCACAGCCGCUGGUGCAGAGAAUAUCCAGCAGAAAACGGAUGAGGAAGUCGAUGAAUCAGGACCACCCGCCCCUUCAAAGCCCAAGAGAGGACGUCGACCCAAGUCUGAAUCUCAGGGCAAUGCCACCAAAACUGAUGAUGUCAGUAAACCUCUUGGCAAGGGAAGGAAGCGAGCCGCGGGCAGCCAGGAAGGCCCCGGCGGCCUGGAAGCAGGUAAUGCCAAAGCACCCAAACUGCAGGACGGAGCCAAAAAGGCAGCGCCAGCAGAGAGACAGAUUGACCUGCAAAGGUAA